AUGGAGACCGGAAGAUACCUAAUGUUCAGUUGUCUGCUGACAAUCUUGGGGGUUGUGAUCUCCCAGCCGUUGUCCUGGUGCGAUCCGCAACUGUGUCCAGAUGACACGGUGCACAUUGCCUGCAAUAAUGAUGGGGAGUUCCAUGAGAGCUGCUCUCCGGAUGCCACCAUGGUGGACCUUAAACCUUACCGCAACUUUAUCGUGGAUGAGCAUAACAAGCGGAGGAACUUUAUAGCCUCUGGAUCACUGCCUGGAUAUUACCCGGCCACUCGCAUGGCCACCAUGGUGUGGGAUGCGGAACUGGAGUACCUGGCCACGUUGAACCUGAAAACCUGCUAUCUGGAGCACGACGACUGUCACAACAGUUACCGCUUCCGGAAUUUGGGUCAGAAUCUGUGCGGGGUCGAUCGCCCCCGGAACUGGCCGAUGAACGUGACUAAUCUGGUGGAUCAGUCAAUGGGUUUGUGGUUCGGGGAACACAAGCUGAUCGACAGCAGCUAUAUAACCGAUUUUAAGCUCACCAGGAAUCUUGAGAAGUACGGACACUUUGUGGAAACGGUGGUGGACCGGAACACCCAUGUGGGCUGUGCCAUGAUGCGCUUCACCAAUCCCCAGUACCCCUUCCUCUACAUCUACAACACCGCCUGCAACUACGCCAGUGUCUAUGCCAUCGGAGUGCCUGUUUAUAAUGCCGGAGAACCCGCCUCCGAAUGCCGGACGGGCAGCAACCCGGAAUUCCCCGCUCUCUGUUCCAUCAGGGAGCAGUACAAUCCCAACUAUAAUUUGUACUAG